AUGGCCCUCAAGCAGAGGCUGGACACAAUCGUUGCCUCCCACGUCGCCUCCACCGAGGACGCAGAAGUGCGCAACAAGCUCCUAGCUGCUAGCUUCAUCCUGGUCGACCACAAUGGCAUAAUCCACUCGAGCACCGCUGGGCGCCUGGAAUUUCCCCCCGACUCACAGCCAUAUACAACCUCUUCGAUCUGCUGGGUGGCCUCCCUGACCAAGCUCGUGACCGCCGUCUCUCUGCUCCAGCUCGUCGAGCGCGGGGUCCUGGACCUAGAUGCGGAUCUCCGUACAGACGUCCCCGAGCUGGGCGCUCUGGAGAUCCUGCGCGGCUUCGACUCGUCAGACCAGCCGGUGCUGGAGCCCAACACCCGUCCCAUCACCCUGCGGCAACUCCUGACGCACACGCUGGGCCUGGGCUACGACAUCCCGGAACCGGACCUCAUGCGAUGGUCCCGGGCCGUUGGCCGCACGGCCACAAACCUGGACUGGUCUCUGGCGGGCUUCACGACACCCCUCAAGUUCCCUCCGGGCGACGGCUGGUGCUAUGGCGCGGCGUACGACUGGGCCGGUCUCCUCCUCGCGCGUGUCACCGGGCAACCCCUUUCCGCGUACAUGCGGGAGCACAUCUUCGGGCCCUGCGGCAUGGAGAGCACGACAUUCUGGCCCCGGGAGGUCGACGCGGAAGGGAAACGCACGCUGGUCACGGCGGUCUCGGACGCGGAGCCCGGCAGCGGGGAUGCGGGCUCGGGACUUCUGAAGCCCGGAGACCGGCUCGUGCCGGACGAGCACGAGAUGGAGUCCGGCGGUGCUGGCCUGUACACCUCGCCCGAGGAUUACGGGCGCUUUCUCUCGGCGCUGCUGGGCCACAGGCUGCUGUCCCCGCAGACGACGGAGCUGCUCUUCCGGCCCCAGCUGGACGCGGCGCAGCGCGCCAUGCUGCGGGACGCCGUCUCGGCGGCGCAUGACAGCUACGCGCCCGAGUUCCCGCGGGGCACGGAGCUGGACCACGGGCUGGGCGGGCUGAUCAACGUGGGCGAUAUCCCCGGCAAGCGGCGGAGGGGCAGUAUGAUGUGGAGCGGGCUGACCAAUGGCCGGUGGUGGGUGGAUCGCGAGACGGGCAUCGCUGGCGCUGUGUUUACGAACGUGAUACCGUUUGGCAACGGCGUCCUCAGUCGCAUGUUGGAUGAGAUCGAGAGGGCAGUGUACGAGGAGUUUGGGACCAGGUAG